AUGAUGGAGGACUUUCAGUCAGAAACUGAUAGUGACUACACAAGUUACUGGCGAGACUGGUUCAUAUCAUCUCGAGGGAACGAAUACUUUUGCGAAAUCGACGAAGAAUACAUCACCGACCGCUUCAACCUCACAGGGCUCAACACCGAGGUACACUACUACCAACAUGCGCUGGACUUGAUCACCGACGUGUUCGACCUCGACUGCGACGACGACAUGCGCGAGACGAUUGAGAAGUCAGCUCGCCACCUGUACGGCCUCGUGCACGCGCGGUAUAUUGUGACGACGCGCGGGCUGGCCAAGAUGGUCGACAAGUUCAAAAAGUGCGACUUUGGCCGGUGCCCGCGCGUGCUGUGCGACAGCCACCCCUUGCUGCCCUUUGGGCCGAGCGACAACCCGGGCCUGAAGACGGUCAAGCUCUUCUGCGCAAAGUGCGAGGACAUUUACAACCCGAAAUCGUCGCGCCACGCGGCCAUCGACGGCGCCUACUUCGGCUCCAGCUUCCACAACAUCCUGUUCCAGGUCUACCCGGCCCUGGUCCCGGCCAAGUCGCGACGCCGCUUCGAGCCCAGGGUCUUUGGAUUCCGGGUGCACGCCGCCGCGGCGCUCGCGAGGUGGCAGGACGAAGAGCGCCGCCGCAUGCGCGCGAGGCUGCAGGACGCCGGCCUCACACCCAAGCAUGGACACUUGUUCAUCGAGGAUGCCGAGAGCAGCGACGGCGAGAGCGACGGCGCCAUCGGACACGACGGAGACUCGAAGAUGACAAUGUCAGCCGCCACCGCCACCGCCGAACACGACGAUGGCGUCGUCUUGCAGCAGCAGUAG